AUGGCCAGGAGACUCGCAGCCUUCCUUAAGGAUGCCUGGGUCAAGGUGCUGGUGGCAUCCUUCGCCACUGGGGGCCUCGGUAUAAUUCUGCCCACCGUUAGGCCUUUCACCAAAUAUGCCACCAUGAUCAACCAGGCCACGCCCAACAACUAUCCAGUGCCCCUCCAAGAUGAUGGGAACAUGCCCGAUGUGCCCAGCCAGUCCCAGGACCCCAAGGUUCCAAGCUUGGAGUGGCUAAAGAAACUAUGAACACCUCUGGUAACUUGGAGGAGGCCUCCUCCCCUGUGGCCAAUAAAAUGCAAAAAG